AUGCGCACUUCAAGAAGCGCCAGCCGUAUGAGCACGAGCAGUAAACAUGGGGGAGGAAGUCGGGCCUCGGACGAGGAUGGGAAAACGGCGGUCAAAGUUGCUGUCCGUGUUCGUCCCCCCCUCAAACCCACCGACCCCGGUUACGAAUUGAUCCCGCAACGUUUCCAACGGUCGAUGGUCCACGUCACCUCGUCUACUAGUCUUGCGGUUGAUGUGCCUCAGGGUCGCAAGCUCUUCGUUUUUGAUCGGGUUUUCCCCGAAACUGUCAACCAGGAUGGUGUCUGGGAGUAUCUGAGUGAUAGUGUUGGGUCGUUCUUGCAGGGCUACAAUGUCUCCAUUCUCGCCUAUGGCCAGUCGGGUGCCGGGAAAUCUUAUACCAUGGGAACCUCCAGCCCCAACGAACUACCUGACGCGCAGGGGAUGGGAAUUAUUCCACGUGCUGCCCAGCUGCUAUUUGAGAAAUUGGAAGGCCCAAAGCACACGCGCAACAGUUCCACGGGCCUUCGCACCCCCGCGCGCUACUCCAUUAGCUCUAACUCCAGCUUUGGAAAGACACAGGUCGAUAAGAGUUGGCAGCUGAAGGCUACCUAUGUGGAGAUUUACAAUGAACACUUGAGAGAUUUACUUCUCCCGGACUCGGUCGCUAUGGGAGAUCGCAACUCGGUCGCCAUUCGUGAAGAUACAAAGGGUCGCAUUCUUCUAACCGGCUUGCAUCAGGUCAGCAUCAAUUCGGUUGAAGACCUGAUCGGUGCGCUGAAUUUCGGGUCAUCCAUUCGUCAAACCGAUUCCACUGCGAUCAACGCCAAGUCAUCACGUUCGCACGCCGUCUUCAGUUUGAAUCUCGUCCAACGCAAGUCUGCGAAUGGAGUGGCAUCCCCAAAGGACAAACGCAUGUCUGCGCCCGUUGAAAUGCUGUCCGGCGCCGAUCACAGCGUCACGGUCGACAGUAAGCUCCAUUUCGUCGAUCUGGCCGGAAGUGAACGGCUCAAGAACACGGGGGCUUCGGGAGAGCGUGCAAGGGAAGGUAUAUCGAUUAAUGCCGGUCUCGCUGCAUUGGGCAAAGUUAUUUCCCAGCUGUCCUCGCGCCAAGCUGGUUCUCACGUAUCUUACCGCGACUCCAAGCUUACCAGAUUGCUCCAGGAUUCUUUAGGUGGGAAUGCGUACACAUACAUGAUCGCCUGUGUCACUCCCGCAGAAUUCCAUCUAAGCGAAACCUUGAACACUGUCCAAUACGCGCAGAGAGCCAGGGCCAUUCAAAGCAAACCUCGUAUCCAACAGAUUGCCGACGACAGUGACAAGCACGCCGUGAUUGAAAGGCUGAAAGCUGAAGUUGCCUUUUUGCGCCAGCAACUGCGCAAUGCGGAGGAUAACGACCGACGGACGCUCGCUCCCCACGAGCGUACUGAGCGUCAGAAUGAGAGAGAGAUGGAACUUCAAAAUCACCUUCUUGAUGUCCAAGAAAGCUAUAACGCCCUCAGCCAACGCCAUGCCAAACUGAUCUCCGAGCUCGCACGAGAUUCCGAGCGGCCCGGAGAAGGCGAAGGCACCGAUGUUGCCUCGGCAGUCGGCAAGAGCUCUGUCGAGAGACUGAAGCGGUCGCACUCGUUCGCCGAAUCGGUCGAGCAGGUCGUUCUGGAGUACGAAAAGACCAUCCAGAGUCUCGAAUCGUCGCUUUCAAACACUCGCUCUUCCUUGUCGAUGACAGAAAGCACGCUCCUCGAGCGCGAGACCAAGUGUGCCUACGUCGAGACCGUCAACUCGCAGUUACAGGCCCGGAUCCAGAAGUACAUUGACCGUGAGGCGAGCACAGAGACUUACCUGCACGAGCUGGAGUCGAAGAUCGAUGGGCAAGCCUCCGGCGAGGAAAAACAGGCGGCUAUCGCAUCGGAGCUACGCAAAGAACUCAGCCGUGUUCGUGAGAGUGAAGCUAGCUGCGAAGAUUAUAUCUCGACUUUGGAAGAACGCUUGGCGGAGGCUGACCAGGAUAUGGAACUUAUGCAGCGUGAAAUCGACCGUCUUGAGCACGUUGUAGAACGGCAACGCAGCCUCGGAAAGCUUGACAGUCUACUCUCCGAACUCGACUACAUCCAGCAGAAUGGUGCAAAGAAGGAAGCAGAGACCCGGGAAGAAUUGGAUUCUGAAGCGCUCGUGGCCCUAGGAGCUUACGUACCUCGUCAGCGGGCCACAUCCCUUGAUGUAUUGACUGAGGCUGCGGAGACCGCUAUCCCUGAAUCUGACGAGGGUCUCGUCGAGCCGAUUCCGGAAGUUGAUGAUGAUGAUGAUGAGGAGACGGCGGAGGCGGAGGCAGCUGUGGAGCAAGGGGAUUCCGACCUACAGGUCCUGGAAAGGGCUACCGGCCGCCUCGAACCCCUGCCCAACGGCGAGACCCACAGCAGCAGCAGAUCUCCCAGCCCAACUCAGAUGAGAGUUGUUGCCGACAAACUGGAAACUGUCAGCCAGGAACUUUUGGACCUGCGUAUGCAGCAUGAUCAUACCCUGAACGACUACGAACUCCUUGAGAGCAAGUAUGCGGAAGCCCUCAAGGCCCUUGCUGAGCUCCAGCAGGAUGCAGCGGACGAAGCCCGCCACCCUGCGUCGCAUAUUCAGAAUCUCCUUGCCCCAACCACACCAUCCCGCCCGGUUUCUUUUUUAGAAGAUCUCAAGGCUCCCGCCUCGAAGACUGGAACACAACCCUCCUUCUCGCAAUCACUCUCAUCGGAAUUAUCCUUGGCCGGGGAGCCUGUUACUUCGCGAGAUUCAUAUAAUGCCAACUCCGAUUCCACUCCUCACACUCAUGUGGAUGAUCAGGAGUCGGACACUGACCCCAACGGACCCGAAGUUGAACAUAUGCGCAAGCUUCUCCUGGAACACCAGGAAGGCGUCAGUAUCAUGACCCAGAAAUACGCAGAAUUGCAGGCUGAACACGAAGGAACGCUCACUCUAAUCGAGUCACUCAAGGCCGAAUUGCAGCGACCCAAGUCCACCUCGCCGCCGACCACACCCGGCUUCAAGCCGACUGUUAUUCGCCGCAAGACUAGUCAGAGCUUGAUAUCGACUGUGGACCGUGCGCAUCGCUCGCUCGCUGGCUUGCGUAAUAUUGCCACGGAGGAAUUUGCUGCCCGCCCCGAUACGAUGCAAAACUUUGAGCUUCACCUGGACUCCGCGAUGCACGAACUCCAUACUCGCAUGGAGCGCAUCCAGGAGUUAGAGUCCCAGAACCAGAGCGUCAAAAAGGAAAUGGAAAUGAAGUCGACCAUCAUUUCCGGUCUGACGCGAGAACGAUCCAGUUUACAGGGCGGGGCCCCGUCUGUUGAUAUGGGCCUUGUGAAUCAAUUGCGCGACCAGAUUGUUCAGCAGGAGAACUUGCUUAGCGCCAUGAAGGAAGCGCAUGAAAGCAGAGAGAAGAUCCUACUUGAGGAGAUCGAGGACCUGAAGGCUCUGCUUACCACCCAGGAGGAGGCCGCCAAGGCUCAGGAUGCCUGCGGCGAGAGGCAGGCGCAAAAGAUCAGUACCCUCGAAGGUGAGCUCACUGAAUGGAGGGGCAAGCACCAGAGCGCUCUUGAUUCCCUGCAAUCAUCCGAAAACCAGCUUACCACGACCCUGGAGGAGCUGAACCAUGCCCUAGCGACCAUCGAUGCUCUUCGUGCAGAGGGCAGUGCUGCGGAGACGGCCGACAAGGAAGCAAUCGCCAAGGAACGGGGGAUCGAACAAGCGCGGCAGAAACAGGUUGUUGACGACCUCAACCACCAAAUUGAGGAGCACAAGGCCGCCGCUGCCACUCACCUGGAGAAGAUUGCCACCCUGGAGAAAUUGCACGAAGAGGCCCGUAAACAGGCGAUCGAACGCUCAACUGCAUCGAACUUGAACACCGGGGAGGGCGAAUUCCACCAGGCUCGUAUUACUGAGCUGGAACGGGACAUUGAGAGCCAGAAGACCCUGGUUGACUCUUACAAGAAGGACCUGGAGUCCCUGCAAGAGUCGCACAGGCAACAGCUGAGUGAACUGGAGGCUCGCGCGACCGCUGCAGCGGAAGCUGAUCACGAGCUCCAGCUCACGCAAAACAACACUGAGCACGAUGAUGCUAUGAAGACUCUCAGAUCCGAGAUUGAGGAGUCACGAGACGAGUUGAUGAAAUUGCUCAAGACUGUUUCUGCCCUUACCAAAUCCGAUGUUACAGCGGACAACCUAGCAGAUCAGAUCCAAGACAUUCUGAUGCAGAAGCAGCAUUUCUCUGACAAGUAUGCCGAGCUUAUGGACUCGAACGACGAUCUGCGCAAGCAGCUCGAGUCUCAACAGUCUGACUCGGGCCGGGUGGAAGAGCUCGUCAAGAGCAACUCGGCGAAAGAUGGCAAGGUUAAUGAGCUUGCCCUUCUGGUCGCCACGCUGGAGGACACCCUGUUGCAGAGAGACGAGCAGAUUAAGAAGAAGGAGUCGCUUCUCACGGAAGCCAAUGCUGAGAAGCAGAGGAGUGCUCGCCUUGUGGAGGAACUCGAAGACCAGAUUACGAAUAGUUUCGACCAACACCACAACCGUCUGUCUGUCAUCCAACAGGAACGCGACCAGGCUCUGGAGGAUGCCAAAGCCAAGAUUGCAACACACGAGAACGAUAUUGAGACCUACCGUGUGCGGAUUGAGCAGCUGGAGCUUCAGCUCAAGAACCAAGAGACGUCGCAUGACCGGACCAGUUCCCUUACCUCUAAUCUCCGCAAGAGCUCGUCGGCCGCAUCCCUCCCCUCCCCACCGCCGGCCAUCCCCCUUCCGCCUCUCCCCAGCAUUGCUUCCGCCACCAACGGCACCUCUUCUCCUCCCAGCUCUCGGCACACCAGCAAGGAACUGGUGAGCACCCAAAUCGUCGAGGAUCAGGAAGCACGCAUCCGUACUAUUGAGAAGCAUCUCAACGCAGAGAAGCAGCUCACUGCUACGCUGGAAGAAGCGCUGGGCGAUCUAGAAGCACAGAGCAACAAGGUCAAGACCGACUGUGAGGCUUGGAAGAAGAAGGCCUGGCAACUUGAGGAUGAGCUCACGACUCUCCGCAAAGAGCGUAACUCGCAACGCCUCUCCCUCCAAGCAGUUGAGGAGGAGCGGAGCGCUCGCCGUGAAGCCGAGGCGGCUCGAGCCCAGCUCGAGGAACGGAUGAAUGCGCUCAACAAGAAGAAAAAGAAGAGCACACUCAACUGCUUCUAAACGUUCCUUUACGUGACAAAAGCCCUACAUCCAACCUAUCGCCUGAGUUAUCUUCCCUCCCUCCCUCUCUCCCGGCCGCCAAAUUCUGUUCCCUGUUUCCCUCGGUUGCCCGUGUUGAGACGUAAAUUCCAGGUCUGCAUUAUGAGUUCAACGCUGAUUACUUUGAUUCCCCCCUUUAUUUCUUUCUUCCAUACAGUUGAU